AUGGAUCCCUAUUCCGCCGAGGGCGAAUUGAUCAAUAUCCACAACCACUUCCACCAGGGCCAGUACCAGGAAGUCGUCGACUUUGACACGUCGUCCUUUUCCCCCGACAACGAGCUGCCGGCCCGCCUCCUGGUCCUGCGCGCCCGCAUCGCGCUCGGCCAGGCGCAAGAGGUCCUCGCCGACGUCAAGGGCGCCUCGGAGCCCGAGCUCCAGGCCGCGGGCGCCCUCGCACAGCAGGCUCUCGGCAAGACGGACGCGGCCGUCAGCACGGUCGAGAAGCUCGCGGCCUCACACGCCGACAAUGUCGGUGUACAGAUCAUAGGAGGAACUGUCCUCCAAGCGGCGGGCAAGUCGGAGGAAGCUCUGUCUCUGCUUUCGCAACACCAGGGAAGCCUGGACGCCGUCGCCCUCAUUGCCCAGAUCCACCUCCAGCAGAACCGAACGGACCUCGCCCUCAAGGAAGUCACAGCCGCCAGAAGAUGGGCCCAGGAUAGCCUACUCGUCAACCUCGCCGAGUCAUGGGUUGGCCUGCGCGUGGGCGGUGAGAAGUACCAGCAGGCAUUCUACGUCUUUGAGGAGCUCGCCCAAGCACCCGCCACGUCGUCGAUUAGCAGCCUCGUGUCGCAGGCCGUCUGCGAGCUGCAUCUCGGCCGUACCGAGGAGGCCCAGGCCGCCCUCGACCAGGCCAUCCAGAAGGCGCCCGAGUCGACCGAUGCGAUUGCCAACAUGCUGGUGCUCAAGGUUGUGUCUGGCGCCGACUCGGACGAGCUGACAGCAACUUUGAAAAAGAUUGCCCCCAAGCACCAGCUGCUCGUCGAUCUGGAAGAGAAGAGCGCCGCGUUUGAUGCGGCUGCAUCCAAAUACUCCGCCAAGGUUGCGGCAUAA